AUGCGUUCCUACAUUGCCGUCUCCGCGCUCGUCGCCGCCGUCGCCGCUCAGGGCUCGUCCUCCGCCGACAGCUUCCCCCAGACUGCUUUCCUCACCCAGACCAACUCCAACGGUGUUGUGACUGGACAGCCUGGCGUGGCCACUUCCCAGCCCGCUGCUGCCACCAACCAGCCCGUCGCUCCCCCUGCCGACUCCAGCCAGCCUCCUGUUGUCACCAUCCCCGCUGUCGGAACCACUGGCAUCCACACCAUCACCCAGGGUGUUCCCGGAACCAACUCCACCGUCCAAAUCACCGUCUCUGCCAGCAACACCACCACCUCCGUUCUGGGUGAGCUCCCCAGCGGUGUCAGCAGUGUCGCCGGCGGCUCCGGUGCCAGCGGCUCCAACGGUGCCCGCCCCACCCCCUCGGGCUCUGGCUCAAACCCCUCCGGAUCCGGUGCUGGUUCUUCUGGCCCAUCCGGCUCUGGCAACGCCGCUGCCCCCACCAUGAAGGCCAUGGCUGGCUCGCUCCUCGGUGCCGGUGCUUUCGUCGCUGCUUUCUUGUAA